GUGCUUUUGCACAUUUUACGGCGCAUCCCUGCGCCGCUGCUCUCAGCCAUGGGAAGCAAUGCCUCUGGAGUCUUAGAAGAGGUCUCACGUGUGAUUGACACCUCUGCGGCGAGUUUGGGCGUGCUGGGACACAUCACACGAGAUCCCCAGCAAGGGGCUCGCUUGCUGGAGCUGGUCUCGAAGCACGACUUCCCAAGACUCAUUCAGACCCUAAGCAAUCCUGGUACAGCACUACCGCAUGAUUUCUUCCCAUCUUGGAUACGUCGUGCUGGGGGCUACUUUCCGAAGUUCGCACAAGUGCUCUCAGUUCGUGCUGAUUUGAUUCAAGAUCCUGAAGUUCUUGCAGGAUUCGCAAGAUGUUUGGAAGAUAUGCCCAGUCGUCCUUUGAUUGAAGUGAAACACAUGCUUGAAGGGCUCGGUUGGUCAGAGGCAGUUCUGGGAAUUGAAGAUGCCAUCAAUGCGGGGACCAUUGCACAGGUGCAUGCACUGUCUUUGCACGAGCUGAGAUUGGCGAUUAAGGUCACGUUUCCGGAUAAUCUCCAGCGUUUCCAAACCGACUUCCGACUCUUUGAACAUGCCAAAGCGAUCCUGAAAGCAUUGAAGCUGAAUGAUGAGAAGGCCAACAUCGUGUCCUCGAUGUUCGAUGCAGUUGGAAAGAAUGAGAAAAGUGUACUGCGAGAGUUCGACUUGAUGCAUGAGGCCCGUGCCAUGAGCAUGGCGAGUGACCUGCUUGGACUUUGGCCAAGACGCUAUCAGCAAUGGCAAGCUUCCAUGAUCCACACCAUCAACGAGCUCACCGACAUGCCCAAUGAGAUAAGAGCACUCCUCACAAUGUCCACAGAGCAAUCCAGAACUUGGCACGUAGCAGUUCCCGAAGCGGUAGAAGGCUACGUCACUGCGUCUGCCUUGAUGAUGACUUGGGCAGGUGGCGAGUCAUUGCAACAGCUGGUCUCCAGUCGACCCCAAGAAGCUGCCAUGGUGUUUGUGUCCUUCGUGGUGCCUUUCAUGGGUUGGUUGAUGCUUUGCAAAAGCAGCUCCGCUUUGGCACAUGUGGACCCGCACUUGGGGAACUUCCGCUGGGGCGAUGGAACUCUGUGGAUCUUGGACUGGGGGAGUACGAUCUGCCUGGAGGAGGAGAAACGUCAAGCCUUGUGUUUAAUGGUGGGUUGCUUAGCUGCGGGCGCGGAGGAUGACAUUGUGGCCACCUUAGCAGCUCGCUUUGGGAUCAAGGGGCAUUCCCAAGAGGUGGCGCGGGUGAUUCGCGGUUUGUUCAAUGCCAGUUGCCAUAGAGAGCCAUCUGAUGCAUUGCAAGAAGCUGUUGCAGAUGAUCUCUUGCAACAUAUGGACGAUGAUAUUGUGCCUGUCGUUCGUUGUCUCGCCAUCCUGGGUUGCUUGUAGGAAGACAUCACGUAACCUUUGAAGCAACCUUUUUGUUGACGCAAAAGCCACUUUUCUGAUCAGUCUAUAGACAUCGCAUGUCACAAGUGCAUCAGAUGAUCGCGUUUUCAGGUGGAAUUCUGAAGAUGAUGCAGCAGAGAAUUCGCGAUGAGCAUCAUCGCGACGUCCCUUUGUCCUUGGCAGUGUUGUGGGCUCCCUUCAGUGACGGCGCAUGAGGUCGAAAAAGUCCCUUAAGCG